GUCUCUCUCUCUCUCUCUAGUUUAAUGGGCAUUUAUUGAUUCUUAUCUAAUGCUUGUACGCAUUCUCUCAAAAUAUGGAUUUAUAUAUAUUUCUCUGUGUUUCUAUUCUCCUGUUAUCUGUCUCCUAGUGGGGUGGGUUAUCUUUGUUAUGGAGUAGUUUAGAUGAAGUCAUCAAUGGGACAGGUUGCAAAUCAUUUUGAGGGGGUUCCAUUCUAUGGCCCUAGGAGUGAUCUCACCGGGACUGAGAUGAGUAACCGAUUCGCUGGAAAUAAGCGAAGUAAUUCAGAUUCAGCUUUCACGGGGUCAUCCAGAGAUGGGUUUCCACAAGCGGGACCAGAAUCCCUCGAUGGCUUGCAUUUGAUGAAGAUACUUCGAAAUGCAGGGGGAGAGAGGCCUAGGCAUUCCCAUGAUGAGGCUAUGAUCUUUGGUAUGCAUCCGAUGAGGCCAACUCCAACUUCUCGUGUAUUACAGCCACCUACUCGCAGUAGGACCGAUGCCAGUGGGUCCAAAUGGGAGCGAGCUAUUCCCUUGAACGUGGGCCCUUCGAUGCAGUAUCCUCCACGGGUGGGCCAAGUUGCUACUUUUGGGGGUCAAGUACCUUCAAACAGAUUCAAGGAUGCCAAUUUAGGUCCUUCGGCUAUAUCUCAAACAGCUGCUGAUGAAGGGUCUCGCACUGGAAUUAAAGGGUCUGGAAUUUUGAACUCCAUUAAUGCUAGCAGUGGAGUCUCUGAUAGAAACCCAUCUGGGGUGCUGCUGCCUGGUAGUAAGCAGAAGUCCGGAACUCAUAAUUCCGAGCCAGAAUCUUUGACUCCGAGACCUAGUCAACAUGGAUCAAUAUCGUCCAGUCGCCAAAUGACUAUAUUUUAUGGUGGUCAAGCCCAUGUUUUUGAUGAUGUUCACCCGAACAAGGCAAUUUUUUAGAAGAUACGGACGAUC